GGAAACCCCGACGGAAGUAGGCGCCAUCUUGGCAGUCGCCGGGAGGGAGACUUCUGAAGAGUGGGGGGGAGGUCGUUCUCUCAGUCCUCCUUUUUUGUAUAUUUAAAGCGAGGGCGUGAGAUUUGAAGCGAGGGUCGUUCGCAGGCGCUUGUGGAAGACGCCCGUAAGAGAAGAGUUCCAUCCCAUGACUCUGGUCCGGAUUUGAACUGAAGUUCAGGGUGAAAGUUUGUAACCCACUCCACUAACCCUGAAAGGAAUACAGUGAGGAGUAGUCCUUCCAGUCCACACAUUUUAUGGAGUGGAUAUACCGAAACUCCUUACAGAAUGCACCAGAAUUGAACUCAGGAACGCCUCAAGCUGUAAUAGUGUCGCACUAACUGCUAUGCUACCAUAGUGGUCACCUCGUGUACAGACACUCCUGUGCCUAGUGUCACUUCAUGGGCAUGCAAUCUGUGUCUUCGAGCCAGGAUGGCCACUGCUCCAUACAACUAUUCAUACAUCUUCAAAUAUAUUAUAAUUGGAGACAUGGGUGUAGGGAAGUCAUGUUUGCUUCAUCAGUUUACAGAAAAGAAAUUUAUGGCUGACUGUCCCCAUACAAUUGGGGUAGAAUUUGGAACCAGAAUAAUUGAAGUUAGUGGUCAGAAGAUCAAACUUCAGAUCUGGGACACUGCUGGCCAAGAACGAUUUAGGGCUGUUACACGAAGCUAUUACAGAGGGGCUGCUGGUGCGCUCAUGGUCUAUGAUAUCACCAGGCGAAGUACUUACAACCACCUUAGUAGCUGGCUUACAGAUGCAAGAAACUUGACUAAUCCAAAUACUGUGAUUAUUCUUAUAGGAAAUAAGGCAGAUCUUGAAGCCCAACGAGAUGUAACGUAUGAAGAAGCCAAACAAUUUGCUGAAGAAAAUGGUCUGUUAUUCCUUGAAGCAAGUGCAAAAACAGGUGAGAAUGUUGAGGAUGCAUUCCUGGAGGCAGCCAAGAAAAUCUACCAGAAUAUUCAGGAUGGCAGCCUGGAUCUCAACGCAGCGGAGUCUGGAGUACAGCAUAAACCGUCUGCUCCACAGGGUGGUCGACUAAUCAGUGAGCCCCAGCCCCAGAGAGAAGGCUGUGGCUGCUAGUAAUCUUCAGCUAGUGAACCUCUUGACCUUCCAUAUCCUACUCUUCUGUCUUUUGUCAAAGCAGUAUUUCUCGCUGCUUCCUUGUCUGCUGAUAAUCUGACAGGAUAAAUUUUGCUGCUGUGACAAGUUUAACACAAUGAUAAAAAGGCCUCUCGCUAAACCACCGUAGAUGUUUAUCAGGUUACAAGGAAAAUGAGUAGAGUAAUAAAUCCUCUCAUGCAUGGAAUUUAGAAUUGAAAUAUUUUCUUACUUGUUCUUGUGGUAGUUCAUCAUCCCUCAAUCUGUGAUCCAAUUUCAAUGCUUGUCAGCUAAAUAAAUAUGCUGACGUUGUAUAGUUCCAUCUUGCCACCAUGGGGGGGGGGUGGGUUAUAGACAUAACCUCACUAUCCAUUCAAAAAGAUUCUUGUACAGUAAAAACCUUCUUACCCAUACAACUGUUGUCUGUGCGGUUCAAAGUUACUGAGGUUCUUUGACUGUGAACUGACAUCCAGCUCAAACUACAGGAUGUCUGUAACAUGUAGAGUAUGCUUGUUGCUGUUCAUAAGUUCCCCACCCAGUUACAAGUCUUCAUGGGGUUCUAAUUCCAGCUCUUGUCUUAACCUUGCAUGGGGAAAUGGCUAUUACUCAUCUUUCCCUCUUUAAAAUGCAAAAGAAGGCUUUGGUGUGCUUUUUGUCAUUUUAUUCUUUAUUAACACGUAAAUAUGUAUAAAAUUUGAAGGAACUGAACUAACAUUUAAAUACAUCUGUAUGUAUAUGAUUUUAAUGAAGAUACAAAUUGAUCGCUGGCACUGAGUACCAGUUUGUACAGUACAAUCUAAGUGACCCUUUAGCACUAGAAUGGAUAUAAUCACAUUUUAAAGGAAAAAUAUGAGCAGUACUUUUAACACUAGUUGGUUGGGUUUCAUAUUCUCUUGUUAUCUGGUUCCAUCAUUGCACUUGUGGAAAACCUGUACCAUUUAAUAAUACUGUGCUUGUGCAGUCAAACCAUGUAAUGUUCUCUGUAGAUGUUCCUGCAUUUCUGGCUGUAUUUAUUGCAGUACUUCAUUCAAGAAAAUAACUGGGUUAAUGUAUGCUUUUUACUCAAUACAUUUAGGUGCAAUUGCCCUCAAUGAAUUAAAUAGCCAAAUUUCAUUCCAAAAGCAGACUUAAAGGAGAUUUGUUUUAUAUUUUACACAUUCACUGUAUGAAAUACUUCGGGGUAGGGUGAUUUGGAUUUUUAUUUCAAGGGGUGAAAGCUUGAAUUUCAGCGGUGAUUCGGCACGUUGCCUUGGGCGGCAUAAAUGUGGUUAAAUGCUAAUUAAUAAUAUGCAUCUUUAGUUGUGUAUGAAAUGGGGCUGCACUGCUUGGUUUACUUUUGAUAGAAAUGAUGCUUAAUGUUCAAAAUACCCACUGACCAGGUGGAAAACCUUCACUCCUGUAGAAAAAUGGGAUCCUGUACAGAAAUGCUUUUGGAAGGCCAAACUGGAAUCUGCAAUAUAUUGGAAAAUUUGUCAAUUUGUGCAAUGUCCCUUGUUUGUAGAGUCUUGCUAUUAAUUUUAAGAAUGUGAGCCUUUAUGUUGAAUAUACAGGAGUGUUGUCAAAGGCAGUGUGGUUAGAAGUCUGUUGUCUUCGUUAUGUUGUUUAGCCUUUGCUUUAGUGAGGUGUUGCCCAGGGACCAUGGCCUUGUGUGUACAACAUGCAGGGAUUUAGCAAGGUAUUUCAUUCUAAGUUUGCUAAAGUUUGCUUUAGUCAUUAGGUGGUAUGAGAUCUGGACUACUCCUGAACAGCUUACAGUAGAUCUUGUUUAUAUGUGACAGAAAAAGACUUUGAACUGCUGUAACUUUCAUUUGAUGAAACAAAUGCUAUUAAUCUGAAUAUUUGUAAAUAAAGUACCUGUAUCUAGUUAA